AAAAAGAGGGGGCAGAGCUAUUGAAUAGGAUAACAGUUCAUGCAGACCCAGUGGGAAGGACAGACGGAAGAGACCAGCAUCCAGCACAGAAUGGCAGAGACGCAGAACUGUCAGGGUGAAGAUCCCGAUAAAAUGACGAAAAUCUGCGAGAAAUGCGGCGGUCGCGCAGGUAGAAGACGGGGGAUAGCGCCCGUCUCACAUGUGGGAACCAUUGAAGUUUGAAAAAUGAGGGUAAAGAAGAAUACUGAAGUUUUGAUACUUGGAAAAUGGUUUGUUAUCUGGGUGGCCCACCAAAUCGAUGACUAGGGGGAUCGGAGUAAUCAAGGCUUAAUCAAGACAUGGACUGACUGCCUGUUCCAUUCCCUCCCCAUGAAGUAAGAAGACAGCUAUACCCCAUUCUACUGGACAUUGAAGUGGAGACAGCUGCUUUGUCAUCAAGAUGGCGGCGUUGAUUUGGGAGCUAAUUGGAUUUUUGAAAAGCUGACUGGAUUUUUCAGGAUUUUAUUUUACUGGAUAAGAUGCAUCAAUUGGAAUUACAUCAAACUUUGACAUGGACUCUUGUGCUUUGGAUGUGCUGGCAAUUCUUUGGACUCAAUUGUUUGAAUAUUGUAAUGGUUUCCUUUACUGGGUUCAGUUACACUACUUUUUCUACUUCUGUGAUUUCCUAAUAGGAUGUUAUUUAUGUUAAAUAAAACAUUGCAAUUUUCACUAUUCUGACUUUCUUUCAUUGAUCAAUAUGCUACCCAAGAAUGUUACAGGACUUGUCUUUUCGCUAAAUGUGAAAAUUCUCUCCAGCUGAAUCAAUUUUACUCAAAUGUAAUCCAGUUUCUGGUAUUUUCUUGGGCUUCCGAUUUACUCCUGUUUACUGGAAGGUAUGAUACGUUUGCCUUGUACAAUCUAAAUUGACAUUUAGUGCUAGCUAAAUUAGGCCCACUAACUUUAAAUAAGAUCUGGAGAAUUGGAGGGUAAACGCAAGUAAUACUUUACACAACUUUUUAUUUUGUGAACUUUUACACCUAUUACGCAAGUUUUUUUGCUCAAGUGUUUACGCUACUUGUCUCGAGCAAUACUUAACAAUGUAGCAACUUUUUAAAACUAUUUAUAUCCCGGGUUAAUUUAAUUGACCAGUUUAUUACUUCCUACACUUUUGUAGGACUGUAAUGUAUUCACAAUCCGACUCGUAAUUGGCGCAAACAUUUAUUUUUAAAUUUAAGUAAGUCAAAUGAAAGGGUAUGGCUUCUAGUGAUCAACGCAUUCCAUGGUGAAUGAAGGGGCUGGCUAAUCUAUACAGUAAUACUCUGCAUUUCUACAUAGCUCUACAUAAUACACAGUUGAAACAGCUUUUGGCAAAAACUGAAAUGGUGGCCAAGGCUCUGCCUCUAAAAUGGCUCCUGAAGUCAUACUUCCUGUCUGAGCAGGAAGUGAUGGGUCUUAGUGUUUAAUUAUUUUUGUACAAAUAUUACCCUUAUUGAUAAAUAAUAUAUAUGGAUAUGACUUUGGCAAAGGCUAUCCUCUUGAAGUGAUGCAACUUUUUAUGAAAUAAAAAUGUAAUAUAGGUUUGCCGUUUUUAUACAAAAUAAAGGGGGUGGGACUUUGGGACAUCACCUGAGUGUGGGGUAAAUGGAAAUAACGUCAAUCAAAGGCAAAGCUUUCAGAGCUAGGAAGGAGCUCUAGAUGGCGGAUGAGCCUUGGGAAGGGGAACAAUUCAUUGGGCUUUCGUCAGCCCUUUUUCUUUUUCAUGAAAUCAAGCUGGAAUAUGCCGCUCUAUGAAUAUUUUUUUUAUUUAAAAUAAAAACUAGUACUAUAGUGAACAGUAGAUUAGGUUUACUGCUUUUAUUAGUUUUUCGUCGUGUAUAUCGGUUUUACUGAGUGUAUGCGCGAGUCGUUGUCUUCUCUGCCUAGGUCUGGCAGCCAUGGCGCGCCUCCAUUUUUCGUGUGCUCUGUGAAGAGCUCUAGCCUUUCGUCUCACGAUCACUUGUGUUGACGCUUCAAUAUCCUAUUAAUGUCUUUUCCCCUAAUGUUUAUUUUCAUUCAACCUUUUUUUUAUAUAUACCUUUUUUUGGGGGUAAUGAGUAUUAUAUAGUCUAUAGCCUAUUUUGCGGAUGUGAAUCUAAUACUUCAUUAUACCUUACUGUACAUGGAAUAGGUAUGUUUACAUUUUUAUAAUGCCUACAAUCGAUUUAAUUUUUAUUUAUCACAUUUUGGUCGUCCUUUGUCUGAUGACGCAGUUAGAAUUAGUGCAUGUGGCUCGGUCGGUGGAUCUAAUUGUAAUUCUCAACACUUGGCUUUUUAAUUACAGGAUGUCAUCAGUUGUCAUUUAUCCAUCGAUAAUUUAUAUAUUAAUAUAUGUCCAAUUUAAACGCCUGACACAACGUUGUCUUAUUUCGUAACGUCAAGGAUUUUACUGUCCUCUGAGAAACACUAUCUUAUGGGACUUUUAUGAUAGUUCAUCACUCUUCUAACUUUUGACAGCAAAUACCAGCACAUAAGACCAUCAAAUCCAACGUUUUCAAGAUAAAACUAUGAUGAAGAAUAAGAAUAAAAAGCAAGAAGAUGAAGGUUCGACUCAAAGCAAUGCAUCAAGCAAUUCGGCCUCAGAAGAAUCGAACCACUCUGGGUUGGAGUCUGGGAGUCAGUCGGAGAGUGAGCACGGCAGGGAGAGGAGAAGAUUGCACCACUCAGGAGAGUCCAACAGCUCUUCUGAAUCUGGGAGCCAGUCCGGGUCUGAGAGUGAAUCCCAGCAGGCCUCGGCAGAGGUCAAGGACAGACAACCAGUUAAAAAGAAAGACAAUCUGUCAGAUGUGAAGAAGAUGUGGGAAGAGCAUCCAGAUGUCUAUGGGGUCAGGCGAUCAAAUCGCAGUAGACAAGAACCUGCUCGUCUCAAUAUUGGAGCUGGGGGUAGCAGUGACUCCGAAGGUGAAAGUCCUAAAAGAAAAGCAUCACGACAGAAGAAGAAAGAAAAUACCUGGAAAAGUGAUGAAUCGGAUGAUGAUGAUGAUGAUGAUGAGGAGGAGGAGGAUGCCAGCAGUGCAGACAGUGAGCAGGAAGAGAAAAAAGUUAGAUCCAGACGACUUCCUGCUAGAAGACCAAAGAACAAAUCAUCUACAGUCAAAAAACAGCAGCCUCCAAAGGGAAGGAAAACCAGGAAACAAGAGUCAUCUGUGGAGGAAGAUGAUGACGACGACGAUGAUGAUGAUGAUGAUGAUGAUGACGAAGAUACCCCAAAGAGACAAACCCGGCGAAGGGUGUCUGCUAAAGUCAGUUACAAGGAGGACCAAAAUGACUUUGAGACUGACUCUGACGACCUGAUAGAGAUGGAGGGAGCUGAGGUGGAGCCGGAAGAUGACAGCGAGACCAUUGAGAAGAUCAUGGAUACCAGGACAGGCAAAAAAGGAGCCUGCGGGGCUUCCACUACCCAGUAUGCUGUUGAGGAAAAUGGGGACCCAGGAGCCGACUUUGACCCAGAGAAGGAUGAGGGAGAGAUCCAUUACCUGAUCAAGUGGAAAGGCUGGUCCUACAUCCACAACACCUGGGAGAGCAUCGACUCCCUCACUCAACAGAAGGUCAAGGGACUCAAGAAACUAGAUAACUUCAAGAAGAAGAACGAUGAGCUCACUGCUUGGUUGAGCAAAGCAUCCCCUGAGGAUUCAGAAUAUUACAACUGCCAGCAAGAGCUAACCACUGAUUUAAAUAAGCAGUUCCAUAUUCUGGAGAGAGUCAUUGCGACUAAAACCGGGAAGACACAGGGUCUCUCGGAUUUUCCUUCUCACAGCCACAAGAAUGGUGCUUCUUCCAAUGAGCCAGAGUACCUGUGUAAGUGGAUGGGCCUGCCUUAUUCAGAGUGCAGCUGGGAGGAUGGAGCUCUGCUGGGGAAGAAGUUCCAGCACUGUAUAGACGGCUUCAUCAACAGGAACUCCAGUAAAACAGUCCCCUCCAAAGACUGCAAAGUGAGUGAGGUGUUGAAACAGAGGCCCAGAUUUGUUGCACUAAAGAACCAGCCAUCGUACAUUGGGGAUGAGAACCUGCAGCUGAGAGAUUACCAGUUAGAUGGACUGAACUGGCUGGCUCACUCCUGGUGCAGGUGCAAUAGUGUGAUCCUGGCUGAUGAGAUGGGUCUGGGGAAAACCAUCCAGACCAUCUCGUUCUUGUCCUACAUGUUCCACCAGCACCAGCUGUAUGGGCCCUCCCUGGUGGUGGUACCCCUAUCCACCCUCACCUCCUGGCAGAGAGAGUUUGACACCUGGGCCCCCGAUAUGAACGUGGUGGUCUACUUGGGAGACGUGAUGAGCAGGAAAUCGAUCCGUGACUAUGAGUGGGUAUGCCAUCAGACGAAGAGAAUAAAGUUCAAUGCACUUAUAACCACGUAUGAAAUUCUACUGAAAGACAAGGGGGUGUUGGGGAACAUAAACUGGGCUUUCUUGGGUGUGGACGAAGCUCACAGGCUAAAGAAUGACGACUCCCUGUUGUACAAAACCCUGAUCGAGUUCCGGUCCAACCACAGACUUCUUAUCACAGGGACACCACUGCAGAACUCUCUCAAAGAGCUGUGGUCCCUUCUGCACUUCCUCAUGCCUGACAAGUUUGAAAAUUGGGAAGAUUUUGAAAGUGAGCAUGGUAAAGGGACUGACAAUGGCUACCAGAGCCUUCACAAAGUCCUUGAGCCCUUCCUCCUGAGGCGUGUAAAGAAGGAUGUGGAGAAAUCCCUGCCUGCCAAGGUAGAACAGAUCCUCCGUGUGGACAUGUCUGCUGUGCAGAAGCAGUACUACAAGUGGAUUCUGACCAGGAACUUCAGAGCCCUGCAGAAAGGCACCCGAGGCAGCUCCUCUGGCUUCCUCAACAUCGUCAUGGAGCUGAAGAAGUGCACUAACCAUGGUUUCCUCAUCAAACAGCCUGAGGAAGAGUGUGACACUCCACAGGAGCACCUGCAGGCGUUGGUGAGGGGCAGUGGGAAGCUGGUUCUUCUGGACAAGCUACUGACCAGACUUCGGGACAGGGGCAACAGAGUCCUCAUCUUCUCCCAGAUGGUGCGCAUGUUGGACAUCCUGGCUGAGUACCUGGCCCUGAAGCGCUACCCAUUCCAGCGCCUGGAUGGCUCCAUAAAGGGAGAAAUACGAAAACAAGCACUUGACCACUUUAAUGCUGAAGGUUCUGAGGACUUCUGUUUCCUGCUGUCCACAAGAGCUGGAGGUUUGGGUAUCAACCUUGCCUCUGCAGACACUGUGGUCAUCUUUGACUCUGACUGGAACCCUCAGAAUGACCUGCAGGCUCAGGCCAGGGCUCACAGGAUUGGCCAGAAGAAGCAGGUGAAUAUCUAUCGCUUGGUCACAAAGGGAUCUGUGGAGGAAGACAUUAUUGAGAGAGCCAAGAAGAAGAUGGUUUUGGACCAUCUUGUAAUUCAGAGAAUGGACACCACUGGCCGAACUGUAUUGGAUAACAACUCCGGAAAUUCAAACUCCAACCCAUUCAAUAAAGAUGAGCUGACUGCCAUUCUGAAGUUUGGAGCUGAAGAUCUGUUCAAAGAGGCAGAAGGGGAGGAGACUGAACCUACGGAGAUGGAUAUUGAUGAGAUCUUGCGGUUGGCUGAAACCAGAGAAAGUGACCAGGGAUCAAGUGCCACAGAUGAGCUUCUCUCUCAGUUCAAGGUGGCCAACUUCUCCAACAUGGAGGAGAGUGCUCCAGAGAUGGUGGAGCGGAUGGUGCCUGACUGGGACGACAUCAUCCCGGAGGACCAGCGGCGGAGGCUGGAGGAGGAGCAGAAGCAGAAGGAGAUGGAGGACAUCUACAUGCUGCCUAGAAGCAGGAGCUCCAAUAAGAGGGCCCAAGCCAACGACAGUGACAGUGACGUUGGCUCCAAGCUGAAGCACCGCUCCUCGGGCUCCGAGAGCGAGACGGACGACAGCGGCGAUGACAAGAAGCCAAAGAGGAGAGGCAGGCCCAGAGCCCGCAAGAACAACGUGGAGGGUUUUACUGAUGCAGAGAUCCGCAGGUUCAUCAAGGCUUAUAAGAAAUUUGGAGCUCCGCUUGAAAGGCUGGAGGGCAUUGCCCGGGACUCAGAGCUGGUGGACAAAUCCCAGGCAGACCUGAAGAGACUGGGCGAGCUGAUCCAUAGCAGCUGCGUGACGGCUGUCCAAGAGCAUGAAGAGCACCUCAGAGAGAAUCCCAGUGAAGCCAAAGGCCCUGGGAAGCGCAGAGGUAUUAACAUCAAGAUCUCAGGAGUGCAGGUCAAUGCCAAGUCCAUCAUUCAGCACGAGGAGGAGUUUGAGCCACUGCACAAAGCUGUGCCAGCUAAUCCUACUGAGAGAAACCAAUUCCAACUGACCUGCAGAGUGAAGGUGCCUCACUUUGACGUGGACUGGGAUCUGCAGGAUGACACUCAACUGUUGCUGGGGGUCUAUGAGCAUGGCUACGGAAACUGGGAUCUGAUGAAGACCGACCCCGAUCUCAAACUCGCAGACAAGAUUCUCCCAGAUGACCCAGAGAAGAAACCUCAAGGGAAGCAGUUGCAGGCCAGAUCAGACUACCUUCUGAAGAUGCUGAAGAAAGAAGCGGACUGUAAAGAUGUUACUAAGGAGGAGGCCAAAGUGAAGAAGAGGAAGCCUCGGGUGAAGAAAGAGAACAAGGCCCCUAAAGAUGAACAGGGCAAUGACAUCUCCUCCCCCCGCAUGUCAGACAACCCCUCAGAGGAAGGGGAGGUGAGGGAUGACGGGACUGAAAAAACUCCCACAAAGAAGAGGCAGAAGAAAAAGGAUAACAAAGAGAACAAAGAAAAACACGGAACUCCUAAAAAAGAGAAGGACGCGGACAAAGACAAAAAACGUCCAAAGCCAAAAAAAGAAAAGGCAAAAGGAGCUAAAGGGAAGAAGCCCCAGGGGCCGGUCCACAUUACUGCUGGGAGUGAUCCUGUUCCCAUCGGAGAGGAGGACGAUGAGCUGGACCAAGAGAACUUCAGCAUAUGUAAGGAGCGCAUGAGGCCGGUGAAGAAGGCCCUAAAACAGCUGGAUAAGCCUGACGAGGGCCUGUCUGUUCAGGAGCAGCUCCAACACACACGCACCUGCCUGCUGAAGAUAGGAGACCGCAUCACUGAGUGCCUUAAAGCCUACAGCGACCCAGAGCAUGUCAAAACAUGGCGUCGGAACCUCUGGAUUUUUGUGUCUAAGUUCACAGAAUUUGGAGCGAGGAAGCUUCACAAGCUGUACAAGAUGGCUCAGAAGAAGCGGUCUCGGGAGGAGGAGAAGGAGCAUAGAAAAAAGGGGGAUGACCCGUCAGGCAGGAAAAAGACUUUCCGAGCAGAGGCGUCUGGUUCCAGUCGAGACUCCACCGGCACCCAGCCAUCGUCCAAGUCUCAUCCAGGCAUGCCCCACCCCUCUCCAACGUCCCCCCAUGGUCCCCACAGAGAAGGCUACAACCAGUCCAACAAGCGACACUUUGGAAAUGAUGAUCGAGGAGAUUGGCAGCGAGAUCGUAAAUACAACUACCCUGGAAAUAGCAACCAGCCCUGGCAAAGCGAGCGGCAUCAUCCAUAUGACGCCCAUCGGUAUAAGGACCAUCACUAUGGUGACCGUCGUCCGCGUGAAGACUCCUACCGCAGCAGCUCUAGUAGUUACCGUAGUGGCGGCAGCAGCAGCUCCCCUCGGAAGAGGCCGUAUGACCAGUAUGACAGCGACCGAGAACACAGGGACCGUCGUGCCUAUUACGACAGACAUCCAGACUCAAAGCGGAGACGCGGCGAUGACUUCCGUCCUCCCCAAGAUUUCAGGGGGAGUGGAGGCCAUCCCCAAGACUUCAGGGUGAGGAUGCCAGAGCAUAGGGGGCCCCCGGGGCCAGCAGGGCCAGAACACUUCACCCGGCCCUAUCCAGACAACAAACCCCCCCCCCUGCUGGACCCACGCUCCCCACAGGCGCAGAAGUCCCCCCAGGACUCACGCUCGCCAACUGCAGAGCGGACUGCAGAGCAGAAAGCAGCUGCGGCUGAUUUAAACUGGAACAACAGGAAGACAUGAGGACUGUCGCUGAAGGACAAUGUGAGUGUAUUUUGUUCAGGUGAUGAACACAGUGUGAACUCCACAUGCUGCUGAAGGACAGGUCUGGGCUGGCUAGACUCACUGGUUUGCUUGGCCUGACACACCCUCAGUCGCAAAUACUCUGUUUACCAGCAAACACCAAACUCCAAACCCCUCCUCCGGGUGUGACUGUGGUAGUGAACUGUCUGUGCCCAUAUUGAAAUCUAUUACAGAUGUUUUUUUUAGUUUUUUUUAGAUGAAAUGACAGGUGAUCAGUCAGUGUUAGUGGUGAGUCUGUAAAAUGCCUGUGGAUCACUAGUCCCAUGGACUAUUAUCUGGGGAAAGCUUACAAUGCCUAAAAGGUUGAUGUUGACUGAUCUUGGAACAUAAAAGUGCCUACAGUAUUUGGCCUUUUUGACUGUUAGAGGUAUGGGAUUAUUCCCAAAGGAACCAUGACUUUGAUUUUCUUUUUUGUGUUUAGCUUCAUGCCAUUAUGAUGUCCAUAGGAAAUGUUUCUGUAAAAAUGUUAUAUUUAUCAUGUCACCCUCACCUUCAGAUGUUUAUGAAUCUUAAUGUUGAGUUGGUCGUGCAACUAUCAUCAUUUCAUAAAGAGAUGCACCUUCUUCCCCAAAUCCAAAUGGGAGUGCAUCCGUAUGUCUAAAUUGAAGUGGAGAAUAGUAAGUUAGUCAGCUUGCCAGUACCUAGUCCUCAGAAUGACUAUUUAAAAGGUUUUAAUGAGCAUUUCUCAUUACUGUUGAUAAUCAUUCUUCUGAAAAGACAUUCAUCAUUGCAAGUUUCUUUAAGUUGAUAAAAACCACUUACUCGCUGAUAAGUUGAGGACCUAAUGAAAGGACAACUUUCUAAGCAGUAUUUAAGGUAAUUCAUUGUGCAAAGGUUCAAAAGAACACUAUGACUAUGUUUAAGCUAUCCCUAAUAACAUUUUAUUUGUAGAUGUGCAAAGAAUGAAGCUAUUUCAACCAUAUUUCUGUGUCUUAUGUAUGAAUGGUACUUUUGCAUCUUACAUUGCACUAGAAGUACUGCACUCUACCGCUUUAUUCCACCCAUAAAAGUAUUGAACGAUGUUUGAGAAGACUGGAAAUAAUUUUCUCUUUCUCUAAAGUUAAAAGAUUGCUGUCGCUGGGAAUCAAACAAUGUAACUAACUUCUGGUAAAUUUUCAAAGGGACAUUUGAGUGUUUACGGAUGUGGUUGAUGACAAGCUGUUAUUGGUCAAUCUGGUUCAGUGCCAAACCAGAGACUGGCCCUGCUCUGGUUCUUAUGAUUUCUGGUGUUUUGGUGUGCUUCUCCAUUUGUGCCUUAUUUUUGUGUAUAUUUUCAUACUGUAUAUGGGUUCAUGUACAUUAGUGUACUCUACUACAGCAAUGAUGCAGUAUUAAACAGUCAUGUUUUGAGACUUUUCUCAAUGGAUGAUUUGUGGAAUGCUUGUUAAGUGAAGACUGGAGGUGGGAACAAAUUGUUUAGUUUGUCAUGUUCUUCUGUAACUCCCCACAAGUUAUUGGGAAAAGGAUAAACAGCAUUACACAGGUGAAUCUGUGUAUGUCCUCUGUGGGUAGAUCUGUUACAAGGAAUAGCCAACCAACACCGCCUUCCUUCUCUCCACGCUACAGUCCCUGGACCUGUCCUCUUGAAAACAAGCCGAAAUAAUUUAUAUUUGUGAAAGCCACUCUUCACAUGAAAUGUACUGUAAAAAUGUUAAUAGACAUAUGUAUUAAACUUUCCUACAUUAUGAAAAG